AUGCUAAUUGUAAACAGGGCCCGGUUGAGAAGAAACUCCAUCAUAGAGCUGUGCGUGUUUCCAGACAUGAAUGUCCAUGAUACAAUGGUUGAGUUGAGUAGACAAACGGACAAGCCUGUGUUCUUUGAUACAGUUGGAAAUCUUAGAUUUGUGGCUGAUGCCUUAUACAUUCUGAGCUACAGAAAGCUUAUAAAGGCACUCCUAUCGUUGAGGUCGAAGCAGGGGUUUGUGCUGUUCAUAGACUCUAUUUCGUUUCUUGCAGACAAGUCAAUGGAAAGCCUUCAAAGAGUUUACAAUGUCCUAUGGAUGCUGAUAUAUGAGAAUGAUGCCACCGUUGUUGUUUCAAACCACUAUAGAAUUGCCAGUAACACAAGUGGUACCGAGUUUGUCCCCAGACUAGGGAAGAGAUGGAAGAUGAUGGUGAGCUAUAGAAUAAUGUAUGGAUAUGACGGUGAUAAGAUUGUUACAAGAGUUUAUAGCGAUGAAUUGUUUGAAUAG